AUGGCGGUGGUGGUGGCAGUGGAGCAGGGGACCGGAAGCACGUCUUUCUGCGGCAGUGCCUUUGUUCUCCUGGGCUUCGUGUCCGCCUCCCCCGCCUGCCUCUCUCCCCUCCUUGCAUCCUCCAGGUCGAGUCUCAGAGCCUCCCUGCCCGCUCCUGCUCCAGCCGUCCCCUGCCCGUCGCCCACCCUUCACUCUUCCAGCUUGGGCCACCGUGUCCUAGAUCCUGCGGCCUUGCAGAGAAUGUGUGGCCGGGGUCUCGGCCGCCGCGCGCCCAGCGCCCUUGUUCCGGGAACCGCGCGGAGGCAGCGGGUGCCCCGAGCUCUGCGAAGGAGCACGGAGAGCGUUCCCCCACCCCCUGCUCUGGAGUUCAAGGCCAGCCUCACCUUCUUCCAUCCCCGACCCCUGCAGGCACGUGUAGUGAACUCCGCUCCAGGUGCCCUUCGGGGUGACGUGGAGGGGCCCAAGAGCGCUGGAGGCAACGUCCGGUGUCCCCACCGCCUGGAGGCUGGCCCUGGAGGGCUCCGGCUGGGGACCCCGGCCCUUCCCAGCGGGGGCAUGGCCUGCAGGGCCUGGCCAGGGCGGCUCCGCGGCCUUCCACCGGGCCAGCUGGAGUGGGCCAGGCCAUGGGCGGAGCCCCUUGCCAGGGCACCGCAGGCGCUGUGCUUCGCCGUGACCCGCUCGCUGCUGCUCACCUGCCUGCUGCCGGCCGCGCUUCUGGGCCUGCGCUACUACUACAGCCGCAAGGUCAUCCUCGCCUACCUCGAGUGCGCGCUGCACACGGACAUGGCCGACAUCGAGCAGUACUACAUGAAGCCUCCGGGUUCCUGCUUCUGGGUGGCCGUGCUGGAUGGCAAUGUGGUGGGCAUCGUGGCGGCGCGGGCCCACGAGGAGGACAACACGGUGGAGCUGCUGCGCAUGUCCGUGGACUCGCGCUUCCGUGGCAAGGGCAUUGCCAAGGCACUGGGCCGGAAGGUGCUGGAGUUUGCCCUGGUGCACAACUACUCUGCGGUGGUGUUGGGCACGACGGCCGUCAAGGUGGCUGCCCACAAGCUCUACGAGUCGCUGGGCUUCAGACACAUGGGUGCCAGUGACCACUAUGUGCUACCUGGCAUGACCCUCUCGCUGGCCGAGCGCCUCUUCUUCCAGGUCCGCUACCACCGCUAUCGCCUGCAGCUGCGCGAGGAGUGACAGCCACCGCCCGCCCG